AUGUCAGACUUCUGCAAGAGCAGACAGAUUAGCUCAAACACUUGUGUGAGGCAGUUUCUUAAGACUCAUUCUUCGAAUCUACUUAAACCUUCCAAGCCUAGAUUAUCCAGUUUGAAGGAGGCCAAGUAUAAAAUAAAAAUGGAAAAAGCCAUGGGUUCUCGACCAAAAAUACUAGAAAAGACUGCAGUAAAUGCUAAAAUCUCAGAUUGAUGAAGUCAGAAUGAAUCUUCAGUGCUAAAAGCCCUGAAUAAAUCAAGCCCUGUGAGGAAGUUGGCUACAGAAAGGGAUAAAAAUGCCAAUGCUAAGUCAUUUAACCAUAUCACACAGAAACGAGAGUUUACGACAACUAGACUUCGACUGAAGGAUGCUAGUUCAAGUAUCUAUAAAUAUAGCCAAAGCGCUGGUCCUAACAAGCCUGGAUUAUUAGAUUGAAUCAGGAAAAGAAAGCAACAGAGCAAGGAGCGAAUACAACGGAAAGAGCUGUCUUCUAAAAUUGAUAAGUUGUUGUACUCUAAAUAAUUCAAAAUAUCCCAGUAAAGCCUCUACAUCUCAGCCUCACAAUAUGGCGACUGUUGAUACUCCUAUGCAUAUUAAAGUGGAUAUCUUGAAAAUCAAGAAAAAGAUGCCUCAGGCAAACUCUAGGACCAAGAAUGGCUUCUCCUCAACCAUGAGUGAGAGCAAGCUUGGUGAUCUUCGCUCUUGCUCAGCUCAGAUAAUAAGCAAAGGGUAUGUUGAGGGUGAAGAAAACAUUAAAGACACCGAAGACCUUGCUAGCAAGAAGGAUAUCUACCGAGAGCUCUAAACAGCAACAUCAGACCUUCUGCAACUCAAUACCUGCAAGAAGCAAAAAGAAUUUCUAGCAGUACAAAUCGAGAUUUAACGACAAGAACUUCUCACAGAGUUGAUAAAGACUCUUUAUGGCUCGUCAAUGUUAUCAGGCAAAGCAGUAGAGAAUCUCAGCGGAUUAUGACAGCUCGAGAAGAUUGAGGCUCAAGAAGCAGAGAUAAUCACUCCAAAUCAAGUAGAAAAGGUUUCUAUAAUAAAAACAAAGCUCAACACCAGUAUAUCCCAAGUAGGAAAGGAAGUGAGCAGAGAAUGACUAAUAGCCAAAAUAGAGUGGCUAAAUCAUUCAAUAUGACUACAAGACUUAAUUUCAAUACGAAGAAACUUGAGAAUACUAAAAAUCAAACUAGCGCCCAGAGUUAUGAUGAUUUCCAGUCUUCAAUUCAGAUCAAGAACUUGAAAAGGCAGCCCUUAUCUUUGGAAAGGGAAGAGAAGCUGAACCAGAGUGGUUAUGCAGAGAAACAUAUCAAUUUGCUAGACACAAGCCACAAUACUGUAGGCAGAAGAUUGUUUUCGGACGAUGGAGAGAACAACCUCAACAGAAAUCAAAGUGUAUGAGAAGCUCCUCGAAUCAACAGAAAUGAAGGAAAUCUGAUAAAAAUAGAGCUUCAUGAAGAAGAUUGUGGGAAACCAUCCCAGAAAGUUAUUCAUAAAAGCAAAAUAAGAAACACCCAUAGGAAAUAUACAGCUCCUGGUCAGGUUGAUAUUGAUGAAUUAAUCUCAAAACCAAGGCAGAAGAAAGGAACUCUAAAAGUCUCUAAAAACCCAAAAUAUUCAUGAAAAGUCAAGCCUAAAAGCUCUGUUGUUACUAUGCUUUCGAAGACUUUAAUUUAUCCAAAAAUAUCAGCGCAAAACUAAAUAUUCGGCAAUGAGGAAAAAGAAAGGAGGUUUUAAAACUAAUAAGAAUCUCACAAGACCAAUUAAUUCAAAAAUAAAAAUUCCCCAAGACCCAGAGAUCGAGAACUUAAAGUACUCUACUAAAGAGAGGAAGGUAGUCCCCUCGAUAGUAUCGAACCAUCCAACUCGGAGUUAUUACAACAAGUAUAAACAUGGUAAGAUAGGUGGGAAAAAGAAAGGAGCUAAGUCAAAGCAGAAGAACUUGAAAGAAAGUAGCACAAAGUCACAUCAGAGGUGGAGGUUCACA